UCCCACCCUCUUCUCUCUGGCCUCGCUUUCUUCCUCCUAAAUAUCAACCAUUGAUAAAUAAACCCGGACCAGAGACAGGGACAGGACAGGACAGGAAAGAUGUCCGAGCAACAACCGCCCCCAACCACCACUGCCGCAACCCCUCCUCCUUCGGCCUCCGCCGUGGCCACUGGCGCCGCCGAGGCGUCUCGCCCUGCAAAGCCUCGCGUCGCCAUCCAGUACUGCACUCAGUGUAAGUGGAUGUUGAGGGCUGCUUAUUUCGCCCAAGAACUCCUCUCCACCUUCUCCACCGACCUGCAAGAAGUCUCCCUGAUCCCUACCACGGGCGGCAUCUUCACCGUGACGAUAUACCACUCCGCGGGGCCUGCGACCUCGACGUCGACGUCUGCGCAGGAAGCGCAGAUCGCGACGCAGCUGUGGGAUCGGAAGACGGAUGGCGGGUUUCCUGAGGUGAAAGUUCUGAAAUCCCGGGUUAGGAAUGUGGUUGAUCCCGGGAGGAGUCUGGGGCAUACGGAUCGGGCGUUGAAGGGGCAGGGACAGGCUCAGGUACAGGGACAGGGCAAUGGUGCACCGAGUGAUGCGCAGGGACAGAGUCAGACCCAGCCUCAGACACAGUCUUCAGGUCAAGAAUGUGAGGAUUGUCGGUAAUCGAGUCCUACUAUCCACUCAUACUCAUACUCAAUCUAGGAUAGAUCUCAUUCAGUUUGAUAUCAAUAACUUCACUAUCGAUACCAAUAAUCAAUAUAUAUU